AUGUCGGAAACGGCUCGUGCUAGCAUCAGCUCGCACACCUCGAUUCUCUUGAAUGCUUCUCCCUCAAAACCGUCUCCGACCGCUUCGCAACUAGAGCAGCGCGGCGCUGUCAUCGAAAAGCCUCAACAAGACUCUUCACAACCACAACCGUUUACAUCUGCCCGUACCACCGACCACAAGCUCCUCGACGCCAACUUGGUAACAUGGGCCACCGACGACCCCUCCAACCCAUUCAACUGGCCCUAUCGUCGCAAGAUCAUGCUGCUCUCUGUGGUCACGGCUUGUGCCUUUUGUGUCACAAACACCUCCUCCAUCAUCAGCAAUGCUUACCAAGGCAUCCAGGACGAAUUCCACAUUUCUCGAACAGUCGCCAUCCUCGGUCUCUCGCUCUUCGUCAUCGGCCUUGGAAUCGGACCCAUGCUUCUUGGCCCGCUCUCGGAAUUCUACGGUCGUCGUCCUGUCUACUUGGUCUCGUACACCGCAUUCACCUUGCUCGGAUUGCCGGUGAGCUUUGCGAACAACCUCGCUGUCUUUCUAGUCUUUCGCUUCCUCACCGGCUUCUGUGGUUCCGCCUUCCUGAGCGUAGCAGGCGGCAGUGUCAGCGACAUCUUUGCGCCCACCGACAUCUUUGUUCCCAUGUCUAUCUACACCAACGGCCCCUUCUUGGGUCCGGUUGCAGGUCCACUGUUGAGUGGCUUCAUCAACCAACAUACCAAUUGGAGAUGGACAUUUUGGACCAUCAACAUCUGGUCGAGCGUGAUGCUGGCUAUCCUUGUCUUGUUCGGUCCGGAAACAUAUGCUCCUGCUUUACUCGCCGCGCGAGCCAAGAGAUCACGCAAGCAGACGGGUAACCAAGAGCUGUAUGCCGAGCACGAACGAAUCGUUGCCAGUAAAUCCCUGGUCAGGACCAUCGUAAUUUCCACGACCAGACCUUUCCAACUUCUCGUCCGUGAAGUGAUGCUUUUGCUCCUCUGUCUUUGGUCGGCCUUGUUGCUGGGAGUUCUCUACCUCUUCUUCGUCGCUUUUCCCAUCGUGUUUGAAGCGCACGGAUUCAACCUGCAAGAAAUCGGGCUGUCCUUCCUCGGCAUCGGAAUCGGCAUGGUCAUCGCCGUCCUGACCAUGCCCUAUUGGGCACGUCACUACACCCACCUCGUGCAGACCAAAGGUAACGGUGUUGCCGAACCCGAAUUCCGUCUACCUGUCGCUAUGGUCGGAGCCGUGUGUCUGCCGAUCGGCAUGUUCUGGUUUGCAUUCACCACGUACGCUUCCAUCCACUGGAUCGUCCCGAUCCUCGGAACGGUCGUGUUCGGAUUCGGAAUUAGCUACAUAUACACUUCAGUGUUUACCUAUACCACGCAUGCCUACAGACCAGUCGCUGCAAGCGCUAUGGCUGCCAACAGCUUCUGCAGGAGCUCUUGGGCUGCUGCGUUCCCGUUGAUCGCCAAACCAAUGUAUGAUCGCAUGACCACGCCCGGUGCCACCGCGUUCUUGGCUGGUCUCAACGUCUUGAUGAUCCCUGUCCCGUUCGUCUUUUAUCGGUACGGUAAAAAGAUCCGCGCCAAAAGUCAGUUCACUCAUACCUAG